AUGGGAAAAACACGGAAUAAACCUCGCACCAAGGGAAAUGUUCAACCUGCCAGUAGUAGUCGAGCUGCGGAAAUAAUGGCAGUAAGCAGGACCCAAGUUUCAACUGGAGGAUUGGGAGGAUUUGCUCAAUUAUUGGGUGAAACACCAUUUGCGGCUUUAAGUUCUUCCUCGACCAAUUCAAUUGCAGAUAAUAUAAGUGGAUCGAAUUUGAAUCCAGAAUUGGUGCUUAUUUUAAAAAAGUUAUCAAAGCGCGAUCCUACUACAAAAUUGAAAGCUUUAGAGGAGCUCGAAGCGUAUUUGAAAAUCAAAGAAGAAAACGAUGAAUUGUCUAAUAUAAUGAGCGCUUGGGCCAAAUUUUUCGUUAAACUUGCAAUUGAUGUGGAUCGGCGAAUACGUUUUACUACAUUUAAUUGUCACCUGCUUAUCGUAUCGAAAAUUAAGAAGCGCAUUGCACCUCAUCUCAAAGAAAUUAUCAGUAUUUGGAUUAUAUCUUUGUUUGAUCAAAGCAAAGACGUUGCCCGAAUAGCUAAUGAAUCAUUUCAGACUGCUUUUCCACCCGGAAAACGUACAGAAGUCUUGGUGUUUGCACAAACAGAAAUAUUAUCGACUAUACACGAAAUUAUAAUUAACAAAGUGCCUGAGACUCUGAGUGAUCCUAGGUUCACUUCAAAGGAAGACAUGGAUUCUAAAUAUGCUAGAGUCGUUGCUAGUUCAUAUUUUGCUCUUGCACAUUUGAUUGACCAGCUAAGCGAAGAUACCUUGUCGAAAUCCACCCAACAGUACAAUGAUCUCUUUGAUAAUACGAGAUUUUGGGGAAAUUUGACCAAUGAAAAUUCGAUUAUCCGUAAAUCUUGUUACAAUAUAAUAAAGGUUUUGGUAACUAGAUGGCCAAAAAUGGCUCAAGAUCGCUUGGAUAUUCUAAGUACAACAUAUUUGAUGUCGGUAUUGAACGACAAAGAUGCAUCUGUAUAUUCCGAGUUAUGGGAUUCGUUGAUAGUUUUCACGAAAACCUUUCCUCAAUCAUGGUUAAUAGCCAGUAGAAAGAAGCCGAUGCUUCCGAAACUUUAUAAUUUUCUUCGAUCAGCUUGCCAUGGAACAGGCUUUAUUUCUUAUCCGUGUAUCUUGCCUUUAAUUAGUCAAUUGCCUCAGGAGAUGAUUGAUUCCAAUCCAAAAUUCCAUGAAGAAUUUUUUUUGAAUUUUUGGAAAGGUCUAUCAAAUCCUUUAGUUGACCGAGCAAAUUCUGAUGCGUUUUUGCAAGCUUACAGUGAGUGUCUGGUGUAUUGGAUUUUCAAAUUAGGAAAAUCUGGAGAAAAACAGAAACAAGUUUAUCUACUUGAAAAUAAGUUUUAUGAAUUAAUCGAAAUGUAUUUUGAAUCUAAGUCUGAAACAAAAAUCAAAGCCGAAAAGAUGUGCUCUAUUUUAGCGCGUCACAUUUCUCGGUUAAUCACGGGAUUUCAAGAAACUGACGUGUUGAAUAACUUUAUCAAAAAAAUAAGGGAAUUAUGCAUCAAUACGAUAAAAAAUAUUGAUUCGAAAUUGGAGAGUGAUUUUAAAGAAGUUUGCCAAAGAUUAUCCGAUUUAUUGGUUUCAAUCCCUUCAGCUACGAAUGAUAACAGCGAUAAUGUGACUGAUUUUAUUACUUCAUUCGUUGAAGAUGUGUUCUGCAUUACCCUUUCCGAAUGUGAGAAAGUCAGUGGUUACUCUGCGGGAUUAUUUUUAUUACUUUCAAAUUUAGCCAGGGAUUUUUCGCAUAUAGUCUUGGUGAACGCGAAUACUAACAUGGCACUUAAGAACUUUAUUAGCACCAAACUUUUUGAUGUAGUCCGGACCACUUCUGCAACAUGCUUGGAUCAUAUAUUUGACUUGUUUUCAUUAUAUUUAUCAUAUAUUCAAGAAUCGCCCGAAGGGCUGCAAAUUUGGAGUGGUCUUGUGCAGGCUGUUAUUGGAAUUGAGGUUUUAGAAUCUAAAAUUGAUGUUAUGUCUAUUUUAAUUAACAAAGUUUCCAACGAUACCAUUACAUGUUUACUCAAUGAUGACAAACUAAAUGAAUUUCUGGUUUCUUUGACAAACCAAUUGUUGUACUUAAACAUUGAACCCGGAAUUGUGCCCAAGAUUGAGAAUCUCUUGGAACGAUCUCUCUCAUCAAAAGCUUCGGUGUUGACAUCUCAAAUCAAGAGUCAAAUCCUUGAUCUUUUAUCAAAAAUUAUUUCUGAAUGUGUACAUGAAUAUUAUAUUGGAGGAAAUUCUAACAUAUCAAAAGGCACUGUGUUGUCGGCGUUACGCAUAUAUUUGAGAUUAUUCAAAGAUGAUAUAUUCGCAAAGUUCUUCUUGGAAUCCGAGAUGUUUCCUGUAAUCGGAAAAUUGUUCGAACUGACAUUUGUGAAGCCCCAUGAGAACCCGGAUGAUGAUAUUAUAAAAAAUGUUCAGGAGUCUGCCCAGGAAUGCUGGGAACAAAUUUCCAACGCUUGUGGUUCACAUUCUCGAAGAGAAGCAGUUAUUGACAGCAUGAUACAACAAAUCAAGAUUGCACUUCUGAAUAUCCAUUAUUCCGCAAGUCCUACAGACUUUGCGUUACGCGUCACAAAAUUAAGCUCAAAAUUUUAUGAGCACGAUAUCGUGAAAACGCGUAAAUUAAUUUCAACAUUUCUUUUCGAUGAAGAAAGCUGGCGCGAAAUCAGCGAACCUUUCUUGUCUUUACCCGCAGAUUCGUCUCUCAGUAUUCUUGAUCCAGUAAUACUGCCAUUUAUUGCUGAGAAUAAGAAACAAAUUGAUCACAUCAUAUCUCCGACGGUUGUUUACGACAUUUACGGCCUUAGCGUUUACAUGCGUCUUGGCCUUUUCAUCCUAGAACUUAUUAAUAAAUUUGGAAUUUCAACAUUUUUUUUUAUCAACUCUGGGAACUUUUUGGAUAAUGCUUUAGAGAGGGAAAAAGAGCAUCCUGACUGUCAUUGGAUCCUAUCGGAGUUAAUAUUAAUUCAUGUAUUAUGUACUGAUAACUAUCGAUCGCGCAACAGUAGCCAUUGCCUUUGGGAUACUAUUCAUGCUGAAGAUAGCGAUCACCAAGGAUUCAAGGCAUUCCUGGAGGAGAUUCACGUGACAAUAAAGCAGUAUAUGGAUUGUAGUAUGCGACAUGGAUUUUCUGGUGUUAAGUCAAUAAUCAAUAUGUUGACUACCGCAACGAAUUCAAUUAAUGUUCAAGCAGAUAAUGUUUCGAUAUUGAUCAAGGAUGCGGUAAAGAGGUCGCAGAAUAGCUAUUCAUUAUAUUGGUCUAGAGUUCUACAUGUUUUGUGUUCAGAAGCAUUUUCAUCUGCAAACAUCACUCAAAAUGAAGCCGAAGAGCUUCUAGAUAUUGUCAAACCCGAAUUGUCCUUUAAUUUGGCCACAAGGAUGGCAUUCGUCCUGUCGAUAAGAAAGUUCCUUGAUACUUCAGUAAAGUUUAAGAAUUUUCAAAAUAAUUUGAUCGAUAACCUUUGCAAAAUGGAUACAAAAGAAAUAUUUGACAUAAAAUCUUUGGUAGAUAAUAAUGCUUGGGAAUGUCUUUGUCUAUUAAGCACUACGACCUCAGAGGGAAAUGAAUUCUUUUUGUUACCAAGUCGAAGUCUCAAGUUAAUUGAAUGUAUACAAAGUUGGCGCGAAACUGUUGAGGCCUCAACAUGGUCGGCUCCUGAAUUUGUUCACAUUCAGCUUGUCGUCGCUAGGCUUCUAAAUUUCUCAAUGAUUUCCGUACAAGAGCAGAAUGGGAAGCAUUGGAAUUUUAUUUUUGAACUUGUUCAAGAUUGGUUAAAGGUGAACGUCCAUUUGGAGAUUCGUUAUGAAGCUGUGAAUCUCUUCUCUCGUAUCAUCGAUUUAGAUUCCUCUUCCGUAAAUAAUGCUAAAUUUACAACUUUAAUUAAGGACGAUACUGUUGAAGGCGAUGAUCUGAUAACUAAAUUUUCGACUUAUAAACCUCAACUUUACGAGCUUUUGUCUCUUUUACUCUUUCACGAACAAACUUCUCAGAAAGAGGUUUUGUCUGAACAAUACAGCAAAUAUUUGGACAUUUUAUCGUAUGCUUGUCAAAAUUUGCCGAAAGUCUUUUUGAUCAACAGAAAGGAUGAGCUUUACUCCUUGUUGUUAGUCACACACGAAGGGAUGCAAAAAAGUGUCUACAAACUUUUACGUGUUUUGGUUAGAGAAAAAGCACUGAGACUUUCUGAAGAGUUAGAGCUUUCAGAAACACCAGAUGAAUCGAUAGUACAUCUGGAUAGUGGAUUGCAGUCUCUGAUAACUGAAGCGAAUAAUAGCGAUUAUUUAGAUGAUGUGCACCUUGCUAACCCCAGUAGGCCUGCGAUUCAUAAGACAUUUGGUUACUUGCUUUCAUGGAUGCUUAUAUUUGAUCAUUUUGAGAAUACGACCUACAAGUUUAAAUCACAAUUUAUAUCCCAUCUCAAAGAACUAAAUGUAACAUACAAAUUAUUUGAUCAUAUAUUUGAAACAUUGGGACUUGGAUCAUCGGAUGUAUACGAUCUAUCCAAGUGGGAUGUACGAGAAUUUUACGUUGAAGGUUUCGAGAUUUUCCUGAGCUUUGAGAUAGGUUUUCCUUUACUCUGCGCGCAUUUAUAUUACAAAGCAUUAGGAAAUGUUCCUUCUUUAGUGAGGUCAUGGUGUUCUGAGUGCAAAAAACGUCAGCUAAGCAUUAGUGUUGACAGUUACACAGAGAAAUAUUUCAGUCCCGUGAUAAUUCAGCAGCAGCUUGACAUGCUUCAAAGCGAAAACGUCAAAUCUCAACUGGAAGAUGAAAAGUUCACAAUCAGAGUUGCUCGUAGCUCCAAUGAGGUAAUCGCCUCAUAUAAUGUUGACGAAUAUGUGAUGGAAAUCAGUGUUCGUAUGCCGAAUAAUUUCCCACUCUGUCAAGCCGAAUUUGGAACUCUCGAAAGAAUGGGCACCACUAAUGUUACGGAUCUCAAGUGGGCCAAACUACCCGUGCAAACAGUGGUCAAUUCGCAGAAUGGUAAUCUGGAUAUGGCACUAAAUUUAUUCAAGAAUAAUAUCAAGCUCCGUUUCCAGGGGGUUGAGGAUUGCACAAUCUGUUAUUCAGUUGUCAGUCUCGAUGAUCGUUCUCUGCCUUCUAAGCAUUGCAACACCUGUAAAAACCGAUUCCAUGCUGGUUCCGAAGUUCGAAUUCGACUAGUUGUCCACUAUGCAGAAGAUUAUUCUAGUCCUUCAUUCUAUUAUGGAACUGAUUGUAAAUUGACACUAGAUGAGGGAAAACCAUAUUACCUUGGUCCUGGCCAGAUGUGUCUAGGAAUUACUAGAGAGAGAGUUAAAUUACCAACAGAUUUGUGCGCUUUAGUAGAGGGAAGAUCGAGGUUCGCAAGGUUAGGAUUAUCUGUUCACAUUACAGCUUCAUUUAUACAUCCGGGUGUAAAUAAUCGGACAGUAUUAGAAAUUUUUAAUGCCUCAAGCCUCACGUUGGCUCUUUUUCCGGGCACUAAAGUAUGUCAAAUGAUCUUUAUGACAAUGGAAGGUCACUCUGAAUACAACGGGGUAUUCCAGGGCCAAGAUUUGUAG